AUGGCUUCAUCCGACGAGGAUAAAAAGAUCGUCCUAUACCACUACUCCGCCUCGCCGUACGCGAGGCGGAUCGUGUGGUACCUCGCUCUCAGGGGCAUUCCCUAUGUCCAAUGCAUGCAACCCCCGGUCCUCCCUCGCCCGGAUGUCGAGAAGCUAGGCAUCGUACACCGCCGCAUCCCGAUACUCACCAUCGGGCGCGACAUUUACCUCGACACGCGACUUAUGCUCCGCAAGCUUGAGCAGCUCUAUCCCUCGCGCGCGCGCCUGGGCGCCGAGGGCCCGGAACACGCAGCUGUGGAGCGCCUCCUCGAGGGCCAUAUCAUUGACGGCGGCGUCUUCUCCAACGCCAUCAAUGUGCUCCCGACGAACCUGCCGAUGCUCCAGGACCCCAAUCGAACUUGGUUCAAGGAUCGCGAGGGUUACGUGGGCGGCAAACUUUCUGUAGAGACAAUGCAGCGUGGGCGGCCGACGGCUAUCAACGAGAUCCGCCGCACGAUGGAGCUGCUUGAGACGACGCUGCUCGCCGACGGGCGGGAUUGGGUUCUCAAGACAGAGGGCCCCAGGCUGGCGGACAUCGAGGCCGUGUGGUUGCCGCACUGGCUCGCGAGCAUCCCUGGCGCGCUACCGAAGGAGCAGAUUUCGGCUGAGAAGUUCCCAAGAGUGUUUGCCUGGAUCGAGCGCUUUCAGAAAACCAUCUCAGAGGCGAAGAAAGCAGCGCCAAAGGUCGCGACGGUCUCUGGGGAUGAGGCGGCAAGCAUUGUCGCCUCGUCGCCGUACAAUGAGGCAGGGGGCCGGGUCGACGCCGAGGACGCCCUUGUCGCUGCCGAAGGGCUCAAAGCCGGCGACGAGAUCAUCCUAUGGCCGGCCGACACAGGUGCAUCACACAAGGACACUGGAAAGCUCUUAAGCCUCGACGGGGACGAGGUGGUGAUCGAGGUUCAGGGGCACAAGGGGUCGGCGAGGGUGCAUGCGCCGAGACAUGGCUUCCGAGUGGAGAAGCUGGACAAGUUCAAGGCACGCAGAGGUUCCGCGAAAUUAUAG